AUGGGCAAACACCCUUCCUCGUCAGACCCGACCGGGGACGCGUGGGACCGCGCGUUCGAGGAUAAGCGCGUGCUCGUGGAGUGGGGACGCGAGGGCGACGCGUUCGACGUCAAGACGCACGUCGUCACGCGGACGGUGGGGUUGAACGUCGUCGACACGGUGAAAGGGACGCCGGUGAAAGGGUGGGACCCGGUGGAGGAGCGGGUUCGGUGCAGAAUUUUCACCCACCCGGAGGUGGCGUUGAUAGGGGACGUCGCCGGGUUCGACGUCGUGGAGACGUUCGGGGACAUGAAAGGCGAGCACGGGUUAGAGGACGAGGACGCGCAGAACAUGGUCAUCGUGUUGAAGAAGAGAUGA